GUGAAAUCACCUCCAUAACAACAAACACAUCGCUUUAAAAAGUGAAAGGCAUUGAAAUAUUCGUCAUUCAGUCGCACUCUUCGCUUUAAGACGUUCCAUCGCGUACCAAUAAAAGUGAAACUCAUUUAAUAGCUUUCCUGUGAAUCCACUCAACUAACCCCAAAAUGUAAAAUUCCUUAAAAAAUUCCCCCACAACACAGUAGACACGAUGUUCCACACUUUAUGGUUACUAUACUUUAUAACACUUGGCUCCGCCUCUGAUUAUCGCCACGCCCUCAAACUAUCCCUCCUAUUCUAUGAAGCACAACGUUCCGGCCCACUCCCCGCCUCCAAUCGCAUUACUUGGCGCUCUGACUCCGCCCUUAAUGACCAUGGGCAUAACAACGAAGACUUGACCGGUGGUUAUUAUGAUGCCAGCGAUUUCAUCAAAUUUUCAUUCACGAUGGCUUUCACAACGACAAUACUAUCAUGGGGGAUGUUAUCAUUUGGACACGCCUACAAACAAGCCAACCAAUACCAAUACGGUCUCGAUGCGGUUAAGUGGGCGACGGACUAUUUCAUCAAAUGCCACACCUCCAAGUAUGAAUUUUACGGACAAGUUGGUGAUUUUUCACUUGACCACGCCUUCUGGGGGCGGCCCGAAGAAAUGAAUAUGUCACGACCGGCGUAUAAAAUCGAUGUGGAGCAUCCAGGAUCGGAUUUAGCGGGGGAGGUGGCGGCGGCUUUAGCCGCCGCCAGUCUUUUAUUCGAAAAUGUCAAUAAAUCAUAUUCUGAGGAAUUGUUACGACAUUCUGGGGAAUUAUACGAUUUUGCGACAAAAUAUAGAGGACUGUAUCAUGAUUCCAUACCGGGGGCUAAAAUCUACUACGAGUCGACAGGGUAUGGAGAUGAACUCACAUGGGCUGCCAUUUGGUUGUAUAAAAAAACCAAAGAUGUGAAAUAUAUCGAGCAAGCUGAGACGUUUUAUACGAAAUUUCGGAUUAAAGACAGACCAAACGAGUUUUUCUAUAAUAAAAAAGUAGCCGGCAUACAGCUCCUAUUGGCCGAACAAACGCUCCGCCCUGAAUACAUCUCAACGAUUAAAAGUUUCUGCGAUUAUACAAUCAAAGAACAGGUCCGGACUCCCAAGGGCCUGAUUUUUAUCGACAAAUCAGGGACACUAUCGCAUGCGGCUAAUGUCGCCUUCAUUUGUUUACAAGUAAUAUGUCAAAAAAAAACUUUUUUAGAUUGUUAUUUUUUUUUCCAGGCUGGUCUCACUUUAAACAUAUCACAGUCGACUUAUGUCAAUUUUGCCAAAGAACAAAUUAAUUAUAUGUUAGGCUCGACGGGACAAAGUUUUGUAGUUGGCUAUGGCCAGAAUUACCCCAAACAACCGCAUCAUUCAGCCAGUUCUUGUCCGAAUUUGCCUGAACCAUGUGGAUGGAAACAAUUUACGUGGAAAGGACCGAAUCCACAAAUUUUGUACGGGGCCCUUGUGAGUGGCCCCGACUUAAAUGACCACUACGAAGACGUUAGAGAAGAGUUUUUGUAUAAUGAAGUGACGUUGGAUUACAAUGCGGGGUUUCAGAGUGCUUUGGCAGGACUUAUUUAUAGUGAAAAUGAAAAUAAAUUGUGAUUUGUACUAUUUGUAAUAAAAACAUUUUGUGAAUAGA